AUGGCCCCCGAACCUUCAACUCUACAUAAAACGAAAGGAGCCAAUAGGUCGACAAAGGCUGCAGGGAAACUCAAGGUCUUACCCGAGCAGCCAGAACCAACAGUGGUUGACAUAAAGACAAGAGGGAAACGAAUUCACAUAUCUGAAGGCGAUGAGAGCGGUAUAGCAACUGUCUCUGCAGGAGAAAGCGACGAGGGUGAUAUUGAUGAAGAUUCAGACGAAAUAGAGUCCGUCGAGGUCUACAAUCAAAUUUCUCUGAUUCCGGAGGGAGCAGCACGUCGGGAUGCGUUGAGGCUGACGAAAAAGAAGGCCAAAUCUCUCCCUCGAGUUACAGCAUAUGCUACGGCUAGUUCGUUCCGAAUGGACGAUGUCAUGAAAUUCCUCAACGCGCGGAGAACGGCUUACCACACCAAUCCUAAACACAUUGACGAAGUGAUUUAUUCCCCUUAUCGCUUUCCCAAUCCCCAAAAUGACGACGCGCAAAACUCCAGUAACCUAUCAAGGGAAGCGGAUCUUCUAGGGGUUCCAGAGCUACGUCCAAGCAGUGGUGAUGAAAUGCGGACAUUCAAACGAAAAGGGAGAUUUGAAGCUUCGAACAAUGAAGCAGAGAUCUUCAUUUCUGACUAUGGGACCGUCGUCAUUUGGGGAAUGUCGGAAGCGCAAGAAAAGCGUUUUUUGUCCUCGUUGAGACGUUUUGAGGUUGAGGCACUGGCGGCAGAUGAUAUCGAAAUGGAAGAUCUGAAUUAUUACUAUGCAAAUUACAGCCGAAUCUACAACGAUGUGAUUACCUUGCGUAAAGGAUCAGGAUAUAUGACCAAGCUAUCUUUAUCCCAUGCGCUUUCGCAAUCCGUAAAAAUUUCUUUGUUUGAAAGUCUAAUAUCGAACACCAUAGAAGAGACGAAAGACAUCCCCGAAAUUAUCAGCGAGACAGGAAAAAUUGGUAUGCCUCACAAGGAGAUCAUGCAACAGAUCGGCCAAUUGUUUCUACUAAGAAGCAAUAUCAACUCAGUUGGUUCGGUCCUGGAUUCACCGGUGAGUGCGGAUAUUUGGAUUCAACGAGAAUGCUAUCAUUCAACAGACAUUCGUUCUUCCAUAGGAAGUCUUCUGGGUGCGUCUCGCAAUCACUCUUUGGAGCGGGUGCCAUGA